AUGGGUGAUAUUGAGAUUGAAGUGGAUGAUAAUAGGGAUUCUGAAGACGAAGUAUUCGUAGGAGAUGAAGUAUUCACACCAGGUGAAGCUCAACCGAAGGAUGAAGUAGAUGAAAGACAAAUCACAGAGGAUGAAGAUAUCGAGAAUCAAGAACAACAAGAUCCAAUUCCUUAUACAAUACACGGCAACGAAGAUCAUUAUGACAGAGAUGAGAAAGGGAAUUUACAUCUUUUGUUACACACAGAGGAAUCAUUACCUAAAAGAGUGAAGAAGUUUUAUAAAAGACGUUAUCAGUUAUAUUCUUUGUAUGAUAAGGGAAUUCAUUUAACUACUGAAUUAUGGUUUAGUGUUACACCUGAAAGGGUUGCAGAAAUUACAGCUAGGAUCAUUAAGCAUUUUAUUCCUGAUGCGGUAGACGUUGUUGAUCUUUGUUGUGGGGGAGGAGGUAAUACCAUACGCUUUGCUAAACAUUUCGAUCAUGUAGGUGCUAUCGAUAUUAACCAGAUCAACAUCAAUUGUACUUUACACAAUGCCGAAAUAUAUGAAGUAAGGUCCAAGAUCUGGUCGGUAGUUGGCGAUUGGACUGAGCUAUGCAAUUCUUCAGAUUGGGUACCUGAAAGAAUACGACAUAAAAAGAUACCAUUUGAUUUCAUAUUUGUUUCACCACCAUGGGGUGGAAAUCAGUAUGAUCGAGAUGUGUUCGAUUUGGAGACUUUGAAACCUCUAGGUUUAAAAAAAUUGUGUUAUUCUUUGAAAAAGUAUUCUAAAAACUUUGGUUUAUUCUUACCUAAAUCACUGAAUAGAGAUCAAAUUGAUAGGAUAACUCGAAAAUUAUAUGGGAAAAAAGGAAAGUGUAGAAUAAUAGAAUUAUAUAAUGAUGGACAUUAUGUGGGAAUAUUAUUACUAUAUGGUAAAAAGGUAACACAACCCAUAGAUUACCAUGAUUUAAAUGAUGAUGAUUAUCAAAUAGAGACACUCUCGGAUUAUGAAGCAGAAAUGGCCGAAGCAGAGAAAGCAAAAAAUCCACAAUCAGAAGACAUUGAAAAUUCAAAUGAUAAUUCAGAAAUGUCUGAAUGA